CCGCACGGAGGAGCGCCAGCGGACCAUCGGCCUCCCGAUAUUAUAGUGCCUCGGCUUGGCCACCUAGCGCGACGCGGGGGGUUUGUCGAUCCGUUGUGGGCGUCUCUAUAUAUGUUGACAUGUUCACCUAUUCGUUGUACCAGCACUGUAUCAUUAAUAGUUGUAGGUCUAAUUGCGAUCAGCCAUAGCUACGAGCCUUCGUCGAGGUUCACAGCCAGUAUCCGUCCUACGUAUAUGUCCUCAGCUUGCAAACUUUCCUAUGGUACAAAUGGUCGAACCUUUCCUUCCGCCCCACAUCUUCUCUAUCCCCUUCGCCCCUCUCCCUUCCUGCGAUCAUAUCGUCCCUCUCCACCGAUGCGCCCUCUCCCUUUCUGCCCUCCCCUACAACCCAGGGCCCUCCUACGCCCUCGCCGGCCCAAUCUCCCUCCCCAGAUACCUUGAGAAGAACUCGUCCAGCCACGAAAAGAACACUUCCUUGUCCUCUGCAGACAGGUUCGCCCAGUCAAAAUCGUCGGGUUCGGAUGCGUUGGCCGCUGUGGUGGAAGAGAACGCAGACCGGAACGACCCGGUCGUAUUGCUGGAUGCAUCAGAGGGCGUGGACUUCAGCAUGGGCGAGGCUGAGAACGCAGGCGUUUGUGAAGCCGAGUACGUAGGCAGCUUUGGUGAGGCUGAGAACGCUGGACGUGAAGCAGGUGCUGGCGAUGCACCGGCUGAGAACGCCGGCGAUGCACUCCCAGAGAAAGACGAGCCCGACGCCGAGAACGCUGCCCUUGGCGCCACCGCCGGUUUCGGCGCAGGCGCGACCGGGGGCGGAGGUGGUGGAGGAGGCGGCGGCGGAGGAGCUGCCGCACCCAUAUUCUCACUCGCGCCCGUACCACCCCCCGCAUCCGGCCUCGACCCCCGAUUCACUGGGGGUGGCCUACUCCCGCGGUUUACAGGAGGCGGCGGACCAGGACUCGGGCUCGCUGACGGGCUAGGAGAGCCCAUGCUGCUAUUCUUCCGCCCCGGCAACGGCGGGGGCGCAGGCGCUCCCAACGAGGGCGACCCGCCAGUCCUCGCCGGCAGCGCGGGAGACCCUCCUGACCUCGGUGGCAGCGAAGGUGAUCCUCUCGGCCUUGGCGGUGGUGCUGGGCGGCCAGGCAGAGACGGCGCAGACCUUCCAGGCAGUGCAGGCGGCGGUGAAGGAGUUGCUACCGACGCUGUCGCCGACGAUGUGCGCUUGGGCGGCGGAGGCGGCCUAGAAGGGGGUGGCGCCGGGCUAGCGGAACUUGAGCUUGAGGUUUGCCUAGGUGAUGGUGGUGGCGGAGGCGGUUUGCCGCUGUAGGGGUCCCAGUUGGUCUUCUUCGUGGAUAUGCUCGUAUUGCGAUCCUUUACGCCCUGAAGGGCCGAGACGCCAGAGUCUUUGGCCUUUAGGGCCUUGUCCUUGAGUGAUGCAAAUGACAUGGUUGUCACCCUUCCCUUUCAACUAUUCUGACUCUGGAUUUGUGGGACGCUCGCAAGUCGAAGUUCAACUUGAC